CGCUGUAAACUACUUGUGCUCCUGAGUGCGUAUUAUUAUCUGCACCAAUACAUUCAUCAAGUGGCCUACGGCAGCGUCCAGGUAGAAACAAUGGCGGCCCAGCAGGUGCUAACUGAAACUUUGAAUGAUUUGAGUUCAGAGGAGCUUGAGGAAUUCAAGUCACUCAUUGAAUAUGAGAAAGAUUUCCCAUCCAUCUCAAGAAGUCGACUGAAAGCAGCCAACAAGGCAGACAUAGUGGAGCUGCUGGUGGAGACGAACAGUGCAGAGUGUGUGGAGUUGACCAAAAGGGUUUUAAAGAAGAUGAAGAGGACUGAUCUGGAGCAGAGAUUAUCAGACAUCAGCCCAGGAACCAAAGAGAAACAGCGGCCUCCACUGAUCCAAAGAGUGGAAGUGAUGGCGUCUGUCAUUGAGCUGCUUUUGGAAACAUUGAAAGAAUUGAAUGACUGGGAGCUUAAAGAGUUCAGGGAUGUCCUCUAUUAUCAGGAUCCCUUUAACAGACGUUUCUCAGAUAUCCCAUUGAGACUGCCACAGAUAGCAGACAGGCAGGACAUGGUGUUUUCACUGGUGCUGACCUACGGCCAACAGUCUGUGAAAACGACCAGGAGCCUUUUAAGGAUGGUGAACAGGACUGAUUUGGUGCAGAGGUUGUCAGACAGUAGCUCAGGACCCAAAAAGAAACACUCUUUGGAUGAACACCUGUCUGCACUGAUCCACAAAGUUGCAACAAUGGUGGCUGUGAAAGGGCUACUUUCAGAAACACUCAAUGAUUUGAGUUACGAGGAGCUAGAAACAUUCAAGGCAUUCAAGUGGUUGCUGCAGUUCAUGUUCUUCCAGAGGAGCCUUCCUCUCUUCUCACAGAGGAAACUGUCAUGUGAAAGUGAGGUAGAAGAUCUGGUAGAUUUAAUGGUGGAGGUGUGCGGUCAGCAGUCUGUGGAGGUGGUGAAGGAGGUUUUCAUGAACAUGAACAGGACUGAUCUGGUCCAAAGGCUGCCAGAGACCAACUCAGGACACGAAGCUGCAGGAUCAUCAGCUGAAGCAUUUGGUGUGAAAACUGCAGAGAGAGAGAAACACAGUGUGGAUGAACAUUGGCCUGCACUGAUCCAGAAAGUGGACACGAUGGCGUCUGUUAUAGAGCUGCUUUUGGAAACACUGGCUGCUUUGACAGACGAUGAGCUCGAGAAUUUCAAGUUGAUCCUUUUGCGUGAAACCGACUUCACCGAACGCAUCUCAUCCAGUUCAGUGAUGCUGUCAGAGAUAAAACACAGGCAGGACAUAGUGUUUUUACUGGUGCAGACUGACGGACAACAGUCUGUGGAGACGACCGAGGAGGUUUUAAAGAAGAUGAAGAGGACUGAUCUGGUGCAGAGGUUGUCAGACAGGAGCUCAGCACCCAAAGAGAAACACUCUGAUGAACAUCGACCUGCACUGAUCCAGGGAGUAGCAACAAUGUCAGCUGUUAAACAGCUGCUUUUGGAAACUCUGAAUGAUUUGAGUGACAAACAGCUCAAGAAAUUCAAGUGGAUCCUGGAGGAGACUGUCAUGUUGAAGAAUCUUUUAUCCCACAUGUCACCGAUAAGACUCACCGGAGAAAGGGCAGAAUUAGUUGAUCAGAUGUUGGAUACCUUUGGUCAACAGUCUUUUGACUUAACCGUGGAGGUUGUAAAGAAAAUGAACAGGAUUGAUUUGAUGCAGAGGCUGUCAGAGCCCAGCUCAGGACUCAAAGAGAAACCCUCUGUGGAUGAACAUCGACCUGCAGUGUUGAAGAGAGCAGCUGUAAAACAUGUUCUUUUGAAAGCACUGAAGGGUUUGAAGCAAGAGGAGUUUGAGAAAUUCAAGUAUUUGCUGCAGUUCACGUACUUCCAGAAGGGGCUUCCACGCAUCUCAUGGGGACAACUGGACCGGACAAAUAGUAGAGGUGAACUGGUGCGUCUGAUGGUGGAGAACCAGCAGCCGAUGGAGGUGACCAAAGAGGUUUUCAUGGACAUGAAAAGGCCUGAUCUGGUAGAGAGGCUGUCAGAGACCAGCUCAGGACUCAAAGAGAAACAGCGGCCUCCACUGAUCCAAAGAGUGGAAGCGAUGGCGUCUGUCAUUGAGCUGCUUUUGGAAACACUGAAAGAAUUGAAUGACCGGGAGCUUAAAAGGUUCAAGGAUGUCCUCCAGCAUCAAAAUCUCUUCAACAGAUAUUUUUCAGAUAUCCCAAUGAGACUGCCAAAGACAGCAGACAGGCAGGACAUGGUGUUUUCACUGGUGCUGACCUACGGCCAACAGUCUGUGGAGAUGACCAGGAACGUUUUAAUGGAGAUGAACAGGACUGAUUUGGUGCAGAGGUUGUCAGACAGCAGCUCAGGACCCAAAAAGAAACACUCUUUGGAUGAACACCUGUCUGCACUGAUCCACAAAGUGGCAACAAUGGCGGCUGUGAAAGAGCUGCUUUCAGAAACACUCAAUGAUUUGAGUUACGAGGAGCUAGAAACAUUCAAGUGGUUGCUGAAGUUCACGUUCUUCCAGAGGAGGAUUUCUCUCUUCUCACAGAGGAUACUGUUAUGUGGAAGUGAGGUAGAAGAUCUGGUAGAUUUAAUGGUGGAGGUGUGCGGUCAGCAGUCUGUGGAGGUGGUGAAGGAGGUUUUCAUGAACAUGAACAGGACUGAUCUGGUCCAAAGGCUGAGCAGCUCAGGACACGAAGCUGCAGGAUCAUCAGCUGAAGCAUUUGGUGUGAAAACUGCAGAGAGAGAGAAACACAGUGUGGAUGAACAUUGGCCUGCACUGAUCCAGAAAGUGGACACGAUGGCGUCUGUUAUAGAGCUGCUUUUGGAAACACUGGCUGCUUUGACAGACGAUGAGCUCGAGAAUUUCAGGUUGAUCCUUUUGAUUGAAACCGACUUCACCAAACGCAUCUCUUCAUCGAUGCUGCUGAAGAUAAAACACAGGCACGACAUAGUGUUUUUUCUGGUGCAGACUGACGGACAACAGUCUGUGGAAACGACCGAGGAGGUUUUAAAGAAGAUGAAGAGGACUGAUCUGGUGCAGAGGUUGUCAGACAGGAGCUCAGCACCCAAAGAGAAACACUCUGAUGAACAUCGACCUGCACUGAUCCAGGGAGUAGCAACAAUGUCAGCUGUUAAACAGCUGCUUUUGGAAACUCUGAAUGAUUUGAGUGACAAAGAGCUCGAGAAAUUCAAGUGGAUCCUGGAGGAGACUGUCAUGUGGAAGAAUCUUUCAUCCCGCAUGUCACCGAUAAGACUCACCAGAGAAAGGGCAGAAUUAGUCGAUCAGAUGUUGGAUACCUUUGGUCAACAGUUUUUUGACUUAACCGUGGAGGUUGUAAAGAAAAUGAACAGGAUUGAUUUGAUGCAGAGGCUGUCAGAGCCCAGCUCAGGACUCAAAGAGAAACCCUCUGUGGAUGAACAUCGACCUGCAGUGAUGGAGAGAGCAGUUGUAAAACAUGUUCUUUUGAAAGCACUGAAGGGUUUCAGGCAAGAGGAGUUUGAGCAAUUCAAGUAUUUGCUGCAGUUCACGUACUUCCAGAAGGGGCUCUCAUGGAGACAACUGUACAGGGCAAAGCGUGCAGACACACUGGUGGAUCUGAUGGUGGAGAACCAGCAGCCGAUGGAGGUGACCAAAGAGGUUUUCAUGGACAUGAACAGGCCUGAUCUGGUAGAGAGGCUGUCAGAGACCAGCUCAGGACUCAAAGAGAAACAGCGGCCUCCACUGAUCCAAAGAGUGGAAGCGAUGGCGUCUGUCAUUGAGCUGCUUUUGGAAACACUGAAAGAAUUGAAUGACCGGGAGCUUAAAAGGUUCAAGGAUGUCCUCCAGAAUCCCUGGAAGAACAGACAUUUCUCAGAUAUCGCAAUGAGACUUCCACUGAUAGCAGACAGGCAGGACAUGGUGUUUUCACUGGUGGUGAAAUACGGCCAACAGUCUGUGGAGACGACCAGGAACCUUUUAAGGAAGAUGAACAUGACUGAUUUGGUGCAGAUGUUGUCAGACAGCAGCUCAGGACCCAAAAAGAAACACUCUUUAGAUGAACACCUGUCUGCACUGAUCCACAAAGUGGCAACAAUGGCGGCUGUGAAAGAGCUGCUUUCAGAAACACUCAAUGAUUUGAGUUACGAGGAGCUACAAACAUUCAAGUGGUUGCUGCAGUUCAUGUUCUUCCAGAGGAGCCUUCCUCUCUUCUCACAGAGGAUACUGUUAUGUGGAAGUGAGGUAGAAGAUCUGGUAGAUUUAAUGGUGGAGGUGUGCGGUCAGCAGUCUGUGGAGGUGGUGAAGGAGGUUUUCAUGAACAUGAACAGGACUGAUCUGGUCCAAAGGCUGCCAGAGACCAGCUCAGGACACGAAGCUGCAGGAUCAUCAGCUGAAGCAUUUGGUGUGAAAACUGCAGAGAGAGAGAAACACAGUGUGGAUGAACAUUGGCCUGCACUGAUCCAGAAAGUGGACACGAUGGCGUCUGUUAUAGAGCUGCUUUUGGAAACACUGGCUGCUUUGACAGACGAUGAGCUCGAGAAUUUCAAGUUGAUCCUUUUGUGUGAAACCGACUUCGACGAACGCAUCUCAUCCAGUUCAUUGAUGCUGCCAGAGAUAAAACACAGGCACGACAUAGUGUUUUUACUGGUGCAGACUGACGGACAACAGUCUGUGGAGACGACCGAGGAGGUUUUAAAGAAGAUGAAGAGGACUGAUCUGGUGCAGAGGUUGUCAGACAGGAGCUCAGCACCCAAAGAGAAACACUCAGAUGGACACCGACCUGCACUGAUCCAGGGAGUAGCAACAAUGUCAGCUGUUAAACAGCUGCUUUUGGAAACUCUGAAUGAUUUGAGUGACAAAGAGCUCAAGAAAUUCAAGUGGAUCCUGGAGGAGACUGUCAUGUUGAAGAAUCUUUUAUCCCACAUGUCACCGAUAAGACUCACCGGAGAAAGGGCAGAAUUAGUCGAUCAGAUGUUGGAUACCUUUGGCCAACAGUCUUUUGACUUAACCGUGGAGGUUGUAAAGAAAAUGAACAGGAUUGAUCUGAUGCAGAGGCUGUCAGAGCCCAGCUCAGGACUCAAAGGGCCUUCAGGAAGCUUGGAGCUUGAGGGUUGUGGCAGCAUGACGGUCUCCAGUGACUGGACUACACUUGACCCUGAAGUGAACAGUACAGACGAGACUCCAACUUACAGCCUACAGUCUGAAGCAGGAAACUUUGAAUGCAGCGUCUCUGGCUUGCGCUGGGUCUGUAAGGAAAAGGUCAGCUUGAAGUACCAGUUUUGCUCUUCGAAGUAUCACAUGGAGAGGAUUGAAAGCAUACAGUACAUGCCUGCAGGGCCCCUUAUGGACAUCAAGGUCAUUGCUGGGAAGUUAGAUGUUGUGUUCCUGCCUCACUGGAUCUGCAUCGAUGAUCCUACACUGUUAGACAAGUUUGCAGUCCUGCACAUAGAUGACUGUGGAGUUACUGUGGAAAAAGUGUCUGAGGUCACAUCGUCCCAUGUCAAGCUGUGUGAGCCAACUUUCUCUCUGAAAAUGGUCCUGGUGAAAUUGUUUGGCAUUCCAAUAAAAAUAAACUGUGAAGUGUUAAUAUACUAUCAACCCAACAAACCAUACCUCAAACUCCAUGUUUACCUGAUCCCACGUGAUCCUGCUCUCAAACAGGAACUGGACAAGAUGGAACUGUCUGAUGGAUACGAAGUGAUCCGAAAGCCCCAUCCACCGCCCUUCAAAAUAAAUGACGGUUUCCUCCUAACAGCAGAUCUAAGAAGUGCAGAAAUUUUGAAUCCUACAUUAGUGCUUGUAAACUCGGACCCAAAUUUCUCAGAAGUGUUCAUUGAAAAUCCAGACAGAAAUUUUGAGCUCAUGUUCGUGCGAGAAAAUGAGUGUCAACCAGUUUGGACCUGUGUAAUUCGCAAAGAUGAUUACCAAGGCACUGGUCCUGUACAAGAGAAACAGCGGCCUCCACUGAUCCAAAGAGUGAGUAAUGUUACAUCACUCUGA